GCCGGCGGGGCGGAUCCCACACUAGAGUAAAAGAGAAAAUAAAGCAAUACACUAUUAAUACUUGGCUGACUGAUUUAUUUCGCUAGCAAGCGCCCUCGUGGAUUUAUAACACAGAGGAACCGUCAACCUUAUCUGUUCGACUUACAGAUGCCUUCAGCAAUGAACGGUAAUGGGACAGUGCAGUCCACCAGCCCAGAUGUGGGAUCCGCUCCAGGGUCAGUGGGACAGAUUACACUUGGUGGACAGUCCGAGGUCUUGAAGCAGGUGCUUGGUGUCAUUGAAAAGAAAGUUCGCAAUAUGGAAAAGAAAAAGGUCAAAUUGGAUGAUUAUCAAAGCAGGAAGAAUAAAGGGGAACGUCUCAACCAGGACCAACUGGAGGCCCUUUCCAAAUACCAGGAAGUCAUCAAUAACUUGGAGUUUGCCAGGGAGUUGCAAAAAAGCUUUCUGGUUCUGGGACAAGAUAUCCAGAAAGCAGUCAAAAAGACUGCACGGCGGGAGCAGCUGCAGCGAGAGGAGGCUGAACAGAGGAGAUUGAAAACAAUCUUGGAACUGCAGUUCCUUCUGGACCGGCUCGGGGAUGAGACUGUGCGACAAGAGCUGAGGCAAGGAGUAGGGGGCUCUCAGCUACUCACAGAUGCAGACCUCACUGCGUUAGAUGAGUUCUACAAACUAGUUGGGCCAGAUCGUGACCAAAAUGUCAGGUUGGCUGACCAGUAUGAAGUAGCAUCUGCACAUCUCUGGGACCUGCUGGAAGGGAGGGACAAGGCUGUAGUAGGAACAACAUACAAGGCACUGAAAGAGACUUUGGACCAGAUCUUGCUAAGCGGCUACUUCGACAGGGUUCCAACUCACCAGAAUGGAGUAUGUGAUGAGGAAGAGCCACCAGUUGUAGUUGAGUCAUCGGAGGCAGAAAAGCAGACUGUUGAUCCAGAAACUGAAAUAAUCGAGGAGUACACAGAGCCCAUUGAGGUGGAAGCUACAGAGUUUGUAAACAGACAGUUCAUUCCAGGAAGCACAUACAGCAUAAGUAAGAAGGAGCAGGGUGAGGAGUGGCCUGGUGAAGCAGAGGCAGUUGGUGCCAGGCAGCCACAACCUGUGCAAUCGACCCCUCCCCCUGUCACGCUAGAGACCCACCCAAUGACCAUGGCCACUCCGGUAACAACCACUGAUCCCAUGGUCAGGAAGCAGGCUGUGCAAGACUUAAUGGCACAGAUGCAGGGAACAUACAACUUCAUGCAGGACUCAAUGCUUGACUUUGAGGGACCGCCCAUUGAUCCAGCUAUUGUAUCAGCCCAGCCAAUGAAACCAGCCCAGAACAUGGACUUGCCUCAAAUGGUUUGUCCUUCUGUUCAUCCUGAGUCCUGCCUAUCACAGCCCACUGUUCCUGUCCAACCUGAGCCCACCCAAGGCCCUAUUGUCUCCCCAACACCACCACCCUUGUAUCAGAACUCGCACACACCCGAUUCUCGACCACCAACAGAGCCCAUCGACCCCAUCCAGACUUCCAUUAGCUUGUCAUCAGAGCAGCCUCCGGCCUCCACAGCUCUACCCCCUGUGCCUCAGACCCAAGUUUUCCAGCCAGUCUCCAAAACACCUCACAGCAGCGGCAUCAACGUCAAUGCAGCACCAUUCCAGUCAAUGCAGACAGUGUUCAACCUCAACGCCCCAGUCCCACCAGCCAGUGAGGCAGAGGCCUUGAGCCAAGCCAGCCAAUAUCAGAACAGCUUCAGCCAGGGCUUUGGUAGCCAGUCUCAGCAUCCUGUGGAGCAGACAGAGAUGCAGUCUGAACAACUGCAGUCUGCAGUUGGUGCUUACCAUUCCCAAGACCAAUCAGGAAGCCUUCAGCAACCAACACAGCAGGGCCCAGGCUUUGGGCGGCAGUCCCAGUCCUUCUACAAUAGCAGAAGCAUUUCCCGCGGCGGGCCCCGUAAUGCCAGGGGCAUGAUGAAUGGUUACAGAGGCUCAUCUAAUGGGUUCAGAGGUGGUUAUGAUGGUUAUCGCCCUCCUUUCACUAACACUCCAAACUCGGGAUAUGGACAGACCCAGUUUAACACACCUCGGGAUUUCUCAAAUGGGAAUUACCAGCGGGAUGGUUACCAACAGAACUACAAGCGAGGAGCUGGCCAGGGACUUAGAGGAAUGUCUCGAGGCAAUACUCAGGCAAUGCGUUCCUGAAAGGCCUUUUAUAUUGACUGUGACUGACUGACUUACUUGCACCACACUGAAAAUUCUCAAAUUAACAAUGCAUUUGCCCCAGCUAACUUAUGUUCUUUUUCUCUUUUUUUUCCCAUCAGUGGUAUUUUUCUUGACUCUUUAAUCAAAGUGUACAUGCUUUGAUGUUUAAGAAUAUUAAUCAUGUUUUGUCUAAACACAAGCUAAGCUGUAAAUCCAUUCAUGGUUCUAAGCAAGCCUGAGUUUAGAUAUUCCUGCAAACUUGAACAAUUUCAUUAAGUUAUUUUGUAUAAAAUGAAAUGACACCUGCCACUGUUGGUCCGAUUCAUGGGAGUAUUUUUCCUUUCUUAGCCCUCUUUGUUUUUUUUUUUUGUUUUUUUUUAAAGAUUUUCAUUUUUGAUUUUGGUUCAGAAAAUCAUUUGAUGGACAUUCAUUCAUUUCAUCAUUUGUAAAUUGAUGUUGCUCUAAUUGUUUCAAUAAAGAUGUGU